AUGGGCCGGGGCAGCGGCGCGGCGGGCCAGUGCUGGCGCGGGCGGCGGCCGAGGGGAGCCCCGGCCGCGAAGUUGGGCGCGGGCUGGUGGGCGCUGCUGGCGCUGCAGCUGCACCUGCUCCGGGCGCUGGCGCAAGACGACGUCGUGCCCUACUUCAAGACGGAGCCCGGGCCCCCGCAGACGCACCUGGAGGGCAACCGGCUGGUGCUCACGUGCCUGGCCGAGGGCAGCUGGCCCCUGGAGUUCCAGUGGCUGCUCAACGGCAGCGCGCUCACCGCCUACAGCAGCGAGUACAGGUUCACCAUCCCGGCGCUGAGGCGGCACGACGCGGGCUCCUACCGCUGUGUGGUGCGGAACAGGAUGGGGGCGCUCCUGCAGAGACGGGCCCGGGUCCACGUCGCAUACAUGGGGGACUUCCUGGGUGCCCCGCAGAGCAAGACCGUCGCUCAGGGCCAGGCAGCCGUGCUGGACCUGCCACCCCUCGCCAGCUGCCCCAGGCCGCAGGUGACGUGGUUCCGAGACGGACACAAGAUCAUCCCCAGCGGCAGGAUAGCCGUCACGCUGCAGAACCAGCUGGUGAUCCUCGCGGCCACGCCCGGCGACGCUGGCGCCUACUACGCGCAGGCCGUCAACGAGAGGAGCGGAGAGAACAGGACCAGCCCGGCCAUCAACCUGAGCGUAGCGCAAGGGAGCACACCCGAGACCGUGGCCCCCGUCAUUGUGGUCCCCCCGAAAAACUCCAGUGUGGUGGCCGGGUCCAGCGAAGUCACCCUGGAAUGCAUCGCCAAUGCCAGGCCGCUGGAAGAGCUGCAAGUGCGCUGGACGCGGGACGGGGCGAGCGUCACGCGUGGGCUGCACAGCCAGGGGACCCGCCUGACCAUCAGCAGCCCCUCUGCAGCCGACGCGGGCCUGUACGAGUGCGAGGCGGUGCUGCAGGGGAGCUCGGCGCGGGCGGCGCGGGCGCAGGCCUUCCUCUCGCUCAUAGAGCCCCCGUAUUUCACCGCUGAGCCGGAGGCCCGGGUCUGGGCGAGAGUGGAGGAGACUGUGGACAUCGUGUGCCGAGCCAUGGGGGUCCCCCUCCCCACCCUGCAGUGGUACAAGGACGCGGUGGCCGUCAGCCAGCUGGGGGACCCGCGCUACGUGGAGCUGGCCGGCGGGCUCCUGCGCGUCCGGCGGCUGCGGCCCGAGGACUCUGGCAUCUUCCAGUGCUUCGCCAGCAACGAGGGCGGAGAGGCCCAGGCCUCCACCUACCUGGACGUCACCAACGUCGCACCGGCCUUCACCCAGCUGCCCCUGGACACCACAGUGACCGAUGGGACAACAGCCGUGCUGAGGUGCCAGGUGUCGGGGGCGCCCAGGCCCACCAUCACGUGGAAGAGAGGAGACCAAAUCCUGGCCAGCGGCUCCGUGCGGAUUCCCAGGUUCAUGCUGCUGGAGUCGGGAGGGCUACAGAUAACGCCCGUGUUUGUGCAGGAUGCCGGCAACUACACCUGCCACGCGGCCAACGCGGAGGGCUCCCUCAGGGCGGUGGCGGCACUCACUGUGUGGAAUCGCACAUCCAUCGUGGACCCUCCCGAAGACCUGGUGGUGAUCAAGGGGACCACGGCCGCACUGCGCUGCGGAGCCACACAUGACCCCCGGAUCUCUCUGCGGCACGUCUGGAGGAAGGACGGCGCCGCCCUCAGCCUGGCCGGCAGCUCCAGGGUCACGCUGGAGAAGGAUGGGUCCCUGGUCAUCAGCCAGACGUGGUCGGGGGACAUCGGGGACUACACCUGCGAGAUUCUCUCGGAGGGGGGCAACGACUCCAGGACGGCGAGGCUGGAAGUGAUAGAGCUGCCUCACUCGCCACAGAACCUCCUGGCCAGGCUGGACGCGUCCCUCAGCCACACCGUGGUGCUCUCCUGGGUCCGCCCGUUCGACGGCAACAGCCCCGUCCUGCGUUACAUCGUGGAGCUGUCCGAGAACAACUCUCCCUGGAAGGUGCACCUGUCCGACGUGGGGCCUGAGAUGACAGGCGUCACUGUGCACGGCCUGACCCCAGCUCGUACCUACCAGUUCCGGAUGUGCGCCGUGAACCGUGUCGGCAGAGGCCAGUACAGUGCCGAGACCAGCAGGCUGAUGCUGCCCGAGGAACCCCCCAGCGCCCCCCCGAAGAACAUCGUGGCCAGCGGGAGGACCAACCAGUCCAUCAUGGUGCAGUGGCAGCCGCCCCCCGACACGGCACACAACGGGCUGCUGCGGGGCUACGUCCUCAGGUACCGCCUGGCCGGCCUGCCCGGGGAGCACCAGCAGCGCAACAUCAGCAGCGCCGACGUUGGCUACUGCCUGCUGGCCGAGCUCAUCGUCUGGACGCAGUACGAGAUCCAGGUGGCGGCCUACAACGGGGCCGGCCUGGGCGUCUUCAGCAGGCCCGUCACCGAGUACACGCUGCAGGGAGUGCCCACGGCACCCCCGCAGAACGUGCAGGCCGAGGCCGUGAACUCCACCGCCAUCCGCUUCCUGUGGACGCCUCCGCCCCAGCAGUUCAUCAACGGCAUCAACCAGGGCUACAAGCUCCUGGCCUGGCCUGAGGACGUCCCGGAGGCGGUGACUGUGGUGGCCAUUGCACCCGACUUCCACGGCCUGCACCACGGCUACAUCACACACCUGAGGAAGUUCACGGCCUACCUCACCUCAGCCCUGUGCUUCACCACCCCUGGGGACGGGCCCCCCAGCCCCCCGCAGCUGGUGCGGACCCACGAGGACACGCCCGGAGCCGUGGGGCACCUGAGCUUCACCGAGAUCCUGGACACGUCCCUGAAGGUCAGCUGGCAGGAGCCGCAGGAGAAGAACGGGCUCCUCACAGGUUACCGGGUCUGCUGGGAGGUCUACGGCCAGAACCAGUCCCGCCUCUCCCGCACGCUCAGCAACACCACGCGCGAGUUCAAGGUCCAGGGCCUGGCAUCCCUCACCACCUACGUCAUCGAGGUGGCUGCCCUGACGGCCGCCGGGGCCGGCCUGCCCGUCUCGUCCACCAUCUCCUCCGGAGUGCCCCCAGAACUGCCGGGGGCCCCGUCUGACCUGGUCAUCUCCAACAUCAGCCCCCGCUCGGUCACGCUGCAGUUCCGGCCGGGCUACGACGGGAAGACGGCCAUCUCCCGCUGGGUGGUGGAGGGCCAGGUGGGCACCGUGGGCGAGGAGGAGGAGUGGGUCAGCCUCUACGAGGAAGAGAACGAGCCAGACGCGCAGACGCUGGAGGUCCCCGACCUCACGCCUUACACCCACUACAGGUUCCGCCUGCAGCAGGUGAACGUGGUAGGGCCCAGCCCCUUCAGCCCGGCGUCCCGGGUCAUCCAGACGCUGCAGGCGCCCCCCGACGUGGCGCCCACCAGGGUCUCCGUGCGGACGGCCAGCGAGACCAGCCUGCGGCUGCGCUGGGUGCCGCUGCCCGACUCGCAAUACCACGGCCACCCCGAGUCCGUGGGCUACAGGAUCCGGUGCUGGCGUGUGGGGCUGCCUGCCGCGGCGCUUGCGCACGUGCUGGGGGGCCGCCUGCAGCGCGAGUUCGCCGUGGAGGGGCUGGAGGAGUGGACGGAGUACGAGCUGCAGGUGCAGGCCUUCAACGCCGUGGGCGCCGGGCCCUGGAGCGACUCCGUGCGCGGCCGCACGCGCGAGUCAGUGCCCUCAGCUGCCCCGGAGAAUGUGUCCGCCGAGGCCGUGAGCUCCACCCAGAUUCUGCUGACCUGGGCCUCGGUGCCCGAGCAGGACCAGAACGGGCUCAUCCUGGGCUACAAGGUCCUGUUCCGGGCCAAGGACCCGGGUGCGGAGCGCCAGAGCCUGGUGCUGCGCGGGAACCACACGCGCUCGGCGCUGCUGGCCGGGCUGCGCAAGUUCGUGCUGUACGAGCUGCAGGCGCUGGCCUUCACCCGCAUCGGGGACGGCGUGCCCAGCUCGCCCCCGCUCCUGGAGCGCACCCAGGACGACGCCCCAGGGCCCCCCGUGCGGCUGGUGUUCCCCGAGGUCCGGCUCACCUCCGUACGGAUCGUCUGGCAGCCUCCUGAGGAGCCCAACGGGGUGAUCCUGGGGUACCAGAUUGCCUACCGCCUGGCCAGCGGCAGCCCCCACACCUUCACCACGGCCGAGGUGGGCGCCACGGUGCGGCAGUUCACGGCCCGGGAGCUGGCGCCCGAGUCGGCCUACGUGUUCAGGCUGUCGGCCAAGACGCGCCAGGGCUGGGGCCAGCCUCGGGAGGCCACGGUCAUCACCACCGAGAAGAGAGAGCGGCCGGCGCCGCCCCGGGAGCUCCUGGUCCCGCAGGCCGAGGUGACGGCGCGCAGCCUGCGCUUGCAAUGGCUGCCGGGCGGCCACGGCUCCUCGCCCAUCCGCUACUUCAGCCUGCAGCUGCGCGAGCUGCCGGCCGGGGCCUGGGCCACCUACUCGGCGUCCAUCAGCCACGAGGCCACGGCCUGCAUGGUGGAAAGGCUGCGACCCUUCACCUCAUACAAGCUGCGCCUGAAAGCCACCAACGACAUCGGGGACAGUGACUACAGUGCAGAGACAGAAGCAGUGACGACACUGCAGGACGUGCCCGGAGAGCCCCCCGGGUUCGUGUCAGUGACACCGCAUACUACAUCCUCGGUGCUGGUCCAGUGGCAGCCCCCGCGGGACGAGAGCCUGAACGGGCUCCUACAGGGUUACCGCAUAUACUACCGCGAGCUGGAGCCCGAGGCGGCCGCGCCUGAGCACGGGACACUGCACACGCCGUCGGCACUGCGGGCCGAGCUCUCGGCCCAGAGCAGCUUCCGGACUGUGAACAGCAGCUCAGCACUGACCACCUACGAGCUGACGCAUCUGAAGAAAUACCGGCGCUAUGAGGUGCUCCUGACGGCCUACAACAUCGUGGGCGAGAGCCCAGCCAGCGCGCCCGUCGAGGUCUUCGUGGGCGAGGCGGCCCCUGCCAUGGCCCCCCAGAACGUGGAGGUGCAGCCGUUGACGGCCAGCCAGUUGGAGGUGACCUGGGGCCCCCCGCCCCCCGAGAGCCAGAACGGGAUCAUCCAGGGCUACAAGGUUUACCACUGCGAGGCAGGUGGCGGUAAUGCCACGGAGAGGAUGAAGGUGCUGUUCGUGCCCGAGGCGGCGCUGCGGCUCAAGGACCUGAGCCCGCACACGGAGUACCUGGUCAGCAUCGCCGCCUUCAACGCCGCGGGCGACGGGCCACGCAGCCAGCCCCGGGCGGGCCGCACCCACCAGGCAGCUCCAGGGACCCCCAGCUUCCUGGCCUUCUCAGAGAUCACCUCCAGCACCCUGAACGUGUCAUGGGGGGAGCCGGCCGCAGCCAACGGUGUCCUGAGGGGCUACCGGGUGGUGUACGAGCCUCUGGAGCCCGUGCAAGGGGUGAGCAAGGUGGUGACAGUGGACGUGCGCGGGAACUGGCAGCGCUGGCUCAAGGUGCGGGACCUGACCCAGGGCGUCACAUACCUCUUCCGGGUGCAGGCGCGCACCGUGGCCUACGGCCCCCAGCUUCAGGCCAACGUCACGGCUGGCCCCGCCGAGGGCUCCCCAGGCCCCCCAAGACAUGUCUUGGCCACCAAAUCUUCGUCGAAGCUGACACUGCACUGGUCCGAGGGCCGCAUGGGCCAGACCCCCACCACGGGCUACGCCAUAGAGGUCCGGCCAUCAGACGAAGGCCUGUGGGACACCUUCGUGAAGGACCUCCCCAGCACGGCCACCUCCUACACCGUGGGCCUGGACCGCCUCCGGCCCGGCGUCACCUACGAGUUCCGGGUGAUGGGCGCCAACCUGGCGGGCUUCGGCGAGCCCAGCCUGUCCACCGCCGUGACGGCCCAGGCAGGCAGCGCCUUCUACGAGGAGUGGUGGUUCGCGCUGGUGCUGGCGCUGGCCGGCCUCCUGCUGCUGCUGCUCAUCGUCUUCGCCCUGGUCCUGCGCGGCCACCACAAGGACAGAGGCUGCGGCUCAGGGAAGAGUAUCUGCCACAUGGAGGAGCCGCCCACGCUGGACAACGGGGGCUUCGCCGCCCUGGAGCUCCGCAGCCGCCACCUCACGGGCAAGGGCACCUUCUCAAGGAAGAGUGGGACCAGGUCCCCCCCGCGCCCGAGCCCCGGCGGCCUGCACUACUCGGACGAGGACCUGUGUCGCAAGUACAACGGCGCCGCCAUGGCCGACGGCGCCAGCCUCAGGGACAAGCCGCUGGACGCGUCUGAGUCCGAGGUCACUGACUCGGACUACGAGGACGCGCCCCCGCAGCGCUCCUUUGUCAACCACUACAUGAGCGACCCCAGCUACUACAACUCGUGGAAGCGCCAGGCCCCGCACAGGUACGAGGCGGUGGCCGGCGAGGCGGGGCCGCCCCUGCACACCGUGGUGACCACGCAGAGCGCCGUGUUCACGCCCACCGGGCCCGGCUCCCGGACGCCGCUCACCGGCUUCUCCUCCUUCGUGUGACGGGCGGGCCGCCCGGACGGUCACUGCACGGAGCCGGGGUGGGCGGCGUGCCCCCUCCUUCCCGAGAGGGCGACGGGGCCUGGCUGGGGCCAGCCCGGCCCUCCUCUACCUCCUCUGCCCGGACCCCCAGCAGCCCUUUCUGGAGGGUCUCUCAAGCCAGGACUUGCCGCCAGGGUCCUGACAGCCCCCAGGGGCGCGGGAGUCACUGGCGGGAGCUGAGGAGGCAGCGGCCGGCGGGGGGCACUGCCCCGCCCGCUCUCGGCGUUUUCCUUUCUUCCUUUAACCGCCUCCCACGCGGGCGCCCCAAGCGCUGUGCCCGCCGUGUGCGGGUUAACCAGAGGAUUUUUUAAGCCUUUUUAUCUUUUUUUAAAGCUGUCACAUGAAACAAGUGAGUCGCUGUCUCCAGGUGCCUUUUUAUUCGUUGUUGAGCUUUGGAUGUAGGACAGGGCGGCCCCCACCCGGCCCUGCGAGUUCAGCCAGGCGGACGAGCAAGACCCGCUUGGAAAAGCUGAACCCCAACCGUCGCUCAAUCUGCGGGCGCCCAGGCUGCCCACAGGGUCUGCACGUGCCCCCACUCGGGGAGCAAGGCGGGGACUCUGCUCGAGACCAGGGUGAGGACCCGCCCGCCGCCGCCGGCAGCCGGGGAACAACCAAGACCAAAUAUCCUAGUUGCUCUGUCCAAAGCUGCGUCUGCAGGAGGCCAGCACCCCGGCCAGGGCCCCCGGGAGCAGAGCCAGCCCUGCCCAGCCCGUGCCCUUGAGAUGCCCAGCGGACAGCAUGGACAGCCGGCCGCAGAGGGGAGCAGCCCUGUAGCCAUGGCGGGGGUGGGGUCCAGCCCCUCCCCGGGGGCGGCAGCCUGGAACUCUGCGGUGCAGCUCAGCCCCACCUCCUGACUGCACCAAGGGGCCAGAUGGUGUUUCUAGAAGUUUCUGGCCUCCUUCCGGAGAGCUGCCCCCACACGGGGAUGGGUUAGCCGUGAGCUGCCCCAGGAGCAGAGGUGCAGGCAGGGGUGGGGUGGACCCCAGGAUCGCCGGAGCAGCUCCUUCCCCCUGGAUGCGGGGGUGGGGAGUCCCGGGAUCCAUGACGGCAUGCUGUUCGCGUCGCUCCUGCCGGGGUGCAGGGACCCCCACCAGGCUUCCCACACCUGGUCUGGACCGGACGCCAGUGGGCGAGAGGUCACGGCUUAAUAAAGCGUCAUUGGACUCCU